AUGAUAUUGUCUCUGACACUUUUCCUGUGGAGGAUCUACCGACAUUUAUUCAUAAUGUUCAGUUCAGAGAGACUUACUGUGCCGGAUUAUGUGAGUCGAUUGCAUGGCAAGAAGAAUGAUCCUCGAGCAGUUUCUCCGGGCAUCAAUGCAGACGUCCAAGCGGUAUUAGACAGCACUCUGCCCAACCUGCGAUGCGCCAUCAGAAGACUUAAGACGUCCAAGGACACCGGUGAUUCUGAUGAAACCCGCAGGGCUAUUGCAGAGAUCUAUCAGCUGGUGGAGGAGGCAUGGGUCCUGCCCGCUACGGGCCGCCAGGUGGCUGAGGAGAUCUGCAACAGGAUCCGAUUGGAUGGGGGUCUGGAACUACUGCUUCAGCUGCAGCAAACCCCGGCUGUGGACAUUACGUAUGAGUCUGCCAAACUCCUGGAGCAGAUCCUGAUCUCAGAAAACAGAGAUUAUGUUGCAAGGCUUGGACUGGGAGUAAUUCUCAACUUGACCAAACAGCAGGAGGAUGCCCAGCUGGCCCGCAGUGUUUCUGGGAUCCUGGAGCACAUGUUUAAACACACAGAGGAGACAUCGGUCCACCUCAUCUCAAACGGAGCUCUGGAUGCCCUUCUGUACUGGUGCAGGGGCACAGACCCCACGGUAUUACGACACUGUGCUGUGGCUCUGGCAAACUGUGCCAUGUAUGGAGGCCAUCGCUGCCAGCGGCUGAUGAUCGAAAAGCAGGCAGCUGAGUGGCUUUUCCCACUGGCCUUUUCGAAAGAAGAUGAACUUAUCCGCUUCCAUGCUUGUCUAGCUGUAGCAGUGCUGGCUGCAAAUAAAGAAAUUGAGAAAGAAGUGGUCAAAUCUGGCACUCUGGAGUUAGUAGAGCCGUUUAUUGCAUCUUUAGAUCCAGAUGAUUUUGCCCGUAGUUUACAGGACAGUGCUGACUCCAUGCAGGGAAGGACAGCUUCCGAUUUGCAGCACUUACUGCCAUUGUUGGAUGGUACAAGAGUGGAGGGAAAGUGUAUUGCAGCCUUCUAUCUGUGUGUGGAGAGCAGCAUUAAGUCCAGACAGCGUAACACGCGGAUAUUUCAAGAAAUUGGAGCAGUACAAAGCCUUAAAAGAAUUGUUAUGUACUCUAGUAAUGGUACAGCUUGCACCCUUGCCAAGCGUGCAUUAUCUAUGAUGGGAGAGGAAGUCCCAAAACGCAUUCUUUCAUGUGUGCCCAACUGGAAAACAUGUGAAGUUCAAACGUGGCUUCAGCAAAUAGGCUUUAGUGCCUACUGUGAUCGUUUCCAGGAGCUGCAGGUUGAUGGUGACUUACUGCUGACCAUAACAGACAAGGAUUUGAGCCAUGAUCUGGGCAUGACUGCAGGCCUCACCCGCAAGAGAUUUCUGAGGGAUCUUCAUGUGUUAAAAAUGUAUGCAAACUACUCCACUUGUGAUCCAAACAAUAUGGCUGACUGGCUUGCAGUGGUAGACCCACGUUUCAGGCAGUAUACUUAUGGUUUAGUGCAGUCUGGAGUGGACCGUGCCACUGUCCAGAGUCUGACUGACCAGCAACUGGAGAAGGACUGCUGCAUAUACAAUGGGGUGCACAGAGCCAAGAUCUUAACAGCGAGCCACAAGCCUCUAAAAUCUUCUCACACUGAUGCCCAGCCUGCAGGUCCUGAUGUGUUCAUUAGCUACCGGAGGACUACUGGCUCCCAGCUUGCCAGUCUUCUGAAAGUGCAUCUUCAAGUCAGAGGAUAUAGUGUAUUCAUAGAUGUGGAGAAGCUUGAGGCUGGCAAAUUUGAAGAUAAACUUAUCCAGAGUGUACAGCGUGCACGCAACUUUAUACUUGUGCUCUCUGCAAAUGCACUAGAUAAGUGCAUGGGGGACACAGCCAUGAAGGACUGGGUGCACAAGGAAAUUUCCACUGCUUUGAGUUGCAAUAAGAAUAUUGUUCCUGUCACUGAUAAUUUCCAGUGGCCAGAACCAGCAUCUUUGCCUGAGGACAUGAGAUCCAUCCUGAAUUACAAUGGCAUCAAAUGGUCCCAUGAAUAUCAGGAAGCUACAAUUGAGAAGAUACUUCGCUUCCUCAAAGGAAACCAAGACCACGCUGAUGGCCCAGAUUGUGGCAAAUCCUUAAAGAAAAAAUGAGGGACCGAGUGUUAUUUAAACCAUACUAUGGAUGUGGCUUUGCUUAAAAUGCACGCAAAUUGGGUAUUCUGGAUAACUAAUGUUUAUGAGAAUGCCAAUAUGUAUAAUUUGAACUUGAACUAAUUUGAAAUAUGUUAGUGCCCUUUUUAGUGCCAGCUUUUCAUUUAUUUAUAAUCAGGGAUAACUGCCUUGUGUUCUCAGGAAAAUUUCUCUGUUUAAUUUGCCUCCACCAGCUCAUUGCUAUGUAGUCUGUAGCACCAAUAGCAAUUAAUUCCUCAGUGCCAUUAUUAAAAUACUGUGUGGCAACUGACCAAAACCGUUUUAUAGUUGUGUUGGCUUCCUACUAAAAACUAUAGUUAGCCCAAUAAAACAUGUAAGGAAAUUACUAUUACUCUGCUUUGGGUAUUACUCUGGAUUUAUGUACAAGAACUAUUACUUGUAAUUAUACUGACCUGUAUUGGAAGUGAAAGUGUAUUCUUGUUAGCCAAGUAUAUUUAUUGAACAUGUUUUGCAAACAACAAUAUGCACUAAUAAACAACACUCUUCAGAUAAAAUAGCAGCUAUCAAGGUGCGGAUAUAAAAGCGUGUAAAAUAAUUCAACUAUCCAAAGACAAUUUCUGGUUGUAUUGUAAAAUAAAUUCAGAAUACUGUG